AUGGGACAGUCUUCCUCCACGCAAAGAGAACAACGCCAGCACAACCACGCCACACCCUUCCUACGUCCUCGGAGAAGUACAAGCCGCAACAGGGAUGAAGACAUGAAUCACGGGCAACGCACGGAGCAGACCGGGGACCUCGGUCCUCAGACAGGACAGCAAUCAGACGAUGGCGACGUGCAGAUGUCUGGCCAGGCGGCUCCGUCCGGUGAUUCCUGGCAGUCAAUGAUAUCCCAACCCGGCGACAUAUCGAGAAACUCUAGGCAUAUGGGGAGUAUUCAGGAAGAGACUGGAUCACACUUUGAAACCGAAAGUCGGGGCGAAUUCCGAUCCGCGACUAUGUCUCGAAUUCCCACGAGAAGGCAGUCUACAAUGUCAAGAUUUGGAUCUAGAAUUCUGCCGAACAAUGUUAUCCGCGGCCUUCUCAACAGUGAAGAAGAGACUCCUGCAGAAGGCCACGCGCAUCGACAUGGGAUUGUCUCCAGGACUAUACCGAGGUCGGAAGUCAAUCAUACUAGCAGCCGAUUCAGCCCUUUCAUUUCGUUGACCGCGAGAGGCACCACCAGAAGACGGUCGAUUCGCGGACCAUAUUUCAUCCCACGGAGUGAUGCAGCGAUGAACUCCCAUCCUGGGUAUUCUGGUGCUUCUUCCGGCUCAUCCGCAGAGAACCCCGCUGAACCAGGCUGGGCACCGUGGCGACGAAGUGUUCGGUUACGUCGCGUCGGUAACUCGCUGUCAAGCCCCAUCGCACAGAUGUUUGGCCAGCCAAAUACCGACAUGUCUCAAGAUGAGACGGCCGAAAACUCCUAUCAACUUGACAAUGAUCCCGUCGGCUUUAUUCCCCAUCCGGGACCUAUGGAUACCCGCAUGGAUUUUGAUAGCCCUCACGAGCUGGAUUCCGUCGAACCUGCAAUUGGAACUCCGCAGGCUCCAUCUUCCUUACUCCCCCAAUCCACGCAAAGUCAGUCCAGCGCGCGGCACUUUCCUAGCCUGCUGCGGGCACGACAAUCUAGAGCUUUACGGCGAGAAGAACAGACCCCUCUGUCUCGCGUCCUCCAACUCGCCGCUGCCGCCAUUGCUGCUCAGCUCUCCGGUGGAACUGGCCCAGCGCUGCCCAAUAUACAGGCACUAGGUAAUGAUGGUCUAGACGGCUCUCUAGAAAGUUUCAUACAGAGUCUGCAGCGUGCCACAUCAGGGCAGCCAGCCUCAAGCGACACAUCCAAUGCAACAGAAGACGAAGGGCCACCUACCCCAGUGAACUUCAUGAGAGUGUUUCGAUUUGCCAAUGCAGACAACCCUCGCCCGUCCGAUAAUUCCAGCCGCUCUGCAACAGAUUCUGGAAAUCCCACGACUAAUAGCGAUGGUAUGGAGACUGAUACUCAUACAGAAGGGCCCGAAGGACGGACUGUUACGCUUGUGGUUGUUGGAGUCAGGUCUGUUCCGUCUGGAAACGGCCCCGCCGGCGAUCAGCAGCCUGCAUCGCUUCCCGGUAUAGACGCUCUGCUUCGCCUUCCUUUCUUAACACCAGGGGGCUUCUCGCCCCGCCUUGGAUCGCGCCCAGGGACUACACAGGGCCGCCCUGCACCUGGAGGCGUUGGCGUCCCAACCACCAACGAGGAUGUCCCACCACAGCCAGUGUCAUCAAACUCAACAAGGAGAUUCUCUGAUGCAGGAAGUCGUGGGGCACCAUCCUCACUUCCUUCCGUCAUAUCGGACAGUCCCCCGGGGCCUCAUCCACCACCGUCUACUCCCGCGGAACCGGGACUUUCAGCUGUGUCGUCAGGCGCUUCGACUCCAAGCCGGAGACUCUCGAUGACUUCGGCGAUGUCUCCGAAUACUCUACCGCAGCUUAGUGAGAAUCGGUCCAUACAGCCCACACUGGAGUCCUCCGAGGACGGCAUCCCGCUAAAUACGACUCGUCAGCGACGCCGGAGCGACUCGGAGUUUGCGCGCCACCGCGAACAGUUGGGCUCUGGAGCAGCUAGGCGGAAUGGAGUCGUGGAGCCUGAUAACCACGGUCCACCAAGCGGUAGAAGCUGGUUGAUUUAUGUUGUCGGAACUAACCUUUCGGAGAAUCACCCUGCAUUUGCUGCGCCAAGCCUUUUCACCGACAAUCCAACUUAUGAAGACAUGGUCUUGCUCUCCUCGCUUCUCGGACCUGUCAAGCCUCCAGUGGCGACUCACGAGGACCUAACAUCCGCAGGCGGAUUAUUCCGAGUGGUGGAAUACGGUGGUUCUCUUGUCGCAGAAGGUGUUGAAGGUUCUGGCACUAUUCGAAUUGCCGAGGGCGAACGCUGUUUGAUCUGUCUCAGCGACUACGAAGCGGCGGAGGAGCUCCGCCAAUUAACCAAAUGCCAGCAUCUCUAUCAUCGGGAUUGCAUCGAUCAGUGGUUGACCACAGGUCGCAAUUCUUGCCCGCUAUGUCGGGGCCAAGGCGUUGCUGAAAAGCCCAAUGCCGAACCGUCAGUUCCACCUCGCGCAGCAGCUAUUUAA